AAUAGGUACUAACCUAGGCAACUACAGCUACAGCAAGCUUCCAACUACAUGAUAUAGCACCUUCAUCAUUUCUUGCUCAUAUCUCCAGCACUAAUUCUUCAAUCUUCAACGUCUCCGAAACAAUCCCGAGUAGCUGUGUUGUCCCCCUGCCUAUGCUCCGGUGCCAGUCAUAUGUGAGCAAGCCUCGUCUUCUGGCAUUGGGACAUUAGCCGGGGUUCGCAUUCUCAAUAGCAGCCCCGCCGCCAUACAAGUACCUGAUUCUUAAUCUACCCACUAUCAUAACCUCGAAGACCAGGUAGUCAUGAGCAACAAACGAUACGCCUUCAUCCCUAUGGAUGAAGGUGAAGUGGGCCCUCAGAAAGUCGAGAAGAAAUCCAAACAUAGGCGUCGCGACGAAAAUGGAAAAUCCAGUUCUCAUCGUGAUUCGCAUCGCAAGUCGCAUCGUACUCAGAGUCGGAGUCGUAGCCGCAGUCGUUCGCCACGUCGCGAUUCGCAUAAACAAAAGAUGAAAUCCAUCCGAAAACGCGCCGAGGACGACUUUGAUGAUAGAUGGGGCGAUGAGGAGGCAGGGAGCGAGCCUGAACGUUCGGACGAUGGACGCGACGAAGAGCCCACGUUCAAAGAACCCGCCCCCAAGCGCGUCAAGUUAAGUCCUGGUGAACGAGAGGGAGAGGAUGACGGUGCCGAUUCCGAUACUGCGCGCGACAUUGCCGAGCGAGAAGCCUUUUCCAUUCGCCUCAAGGAGCGAGAUGGGGGCAAAUCAAAGAGCGAAGGCAGGGCCGAACGGGAAAGACAGCGUCUAGCUGAAGAACUUUCUGCAAGCAGGGCUGCUAUGCCAGAUUUACGAGAGCGCUCGAGACAGGAUUAUCUAAAGAAGAGGGAGGCAGAAAGAUUAGCACUACUACGGAAACAAGUCGCAGAGGAGACAGCAGAGCUAAAUAGUGGUGUACGGUUAUCCGAGCGAGAAAAAGCCGAGUUUGCGAAGAACCGAGAAAUUUUACGAUUGGCCGAAGAGCGAUUGCGAAUCGAUGACCACCGUGAUGGUUAUUAUAUGCCGGAAGAUUAUAUCACGGAGAAGGGCAAGAUAGACAGGAAGCGGAAAGAGGAGGCGCUAUAUAAACGAUACGUCGAAAGAGAUGAAUACGGCCAGGAGAAGUUUGUUACUGAACACGAGGAGUGGGAAAGGGAGCAGACACAAAAGGCCAAGGCUCAGAUUAACAGGGCGGAAAGAGAGUACGAAGGAGAUUAUGCUCCUGUUCUUGACCCCGAGCAGUAUAUCCAGUGGAACAUGGGUUCGACAUUAGCUGGGGAGGGGAAGACGUUAACUAAAGAACAGAGGUUUUUGGAAGCGCAAAUCGAGGCCGCAGAGAAGAAGGCAUUAUCGAUCGAAGAAACUCGAAAGAGCUUGCCAAUAUACAAAUACCGAGACGAAUUUAUCGCUGCUCUUGAACAACAUCAGAUCUUAGUCCUUGUUGGUGAGACGGGCAGUGGAAAGACUACGCAAUUACCCCAGUAUUUACACGAGGCCGGUUAUACGAAAGGUGGCCUCAAAGUAGGUUGUACACAACCUCGAAGAGUUGCUGCUAUGAGUGUGGCAGCUCGAGUUGCAGAAGAAAUGGGAGUCAAGGUCGGCAACGAAGUCGGUUAUUCGAUUCGAUUCGAAGACGCUACCAGCGAUAAAACUAUUCUGAAGUAUAUGACUGAUGGCAUGUUGCUUCGAGAAUUCAUGACGGAGCCGGAUCUUGCAGGUUAUUCGGCCUUGAUGAUUGACGAGGCUCACGAGCGGACAGUUCACACCGAUAUUCUACUUGCCUUAGUGAAGGAUUUAGCCAGGGAACGACCGGAUCUCAAACUACUCAUUUCUUCGGCUACGAUGAAUGCCGAAAAGUUUGCGCAGUAUUUCGACGACGCUCCGAUCUUUAACAUUCCAGGGCGAAGGUACCCCGUCGACAUUUACUAUACUCCAGCACCUGAAGCAAACUACUUAACGGCUGCUAUCACAACGAUAUUCCAGAUUCAUACCAGUCAAGGAAAAGGAGACAUUCUGGUGUUCUUAACAGGUCAAGAUGAGAUCGAAGCUGCAGAGCAACAGUUAACAGAGACCGCAAGGAAGCUUGGAAAUCGAGUAAAGGAACUGAUUGUCUGUCCCAUUUAUGCCAAUCUGCCUUCAGAACUCCAGAGCAAGAUCUUCGAACCCACUCCGAACGGUGCCCGUAAGGUUGUACUUGCUACUAAUAUCGCCGAGACAAGUUUGACCAUCGACGGUAUCACAUACGUCAUUGACCCAGGAUACGUGAAGGAGAACAUCUAUAACCCAGCGACAGGGAUGUCAAACCUCGUCGUUGUUCCAUGUUCUCGAGCCUCUGCAAAUCAGCGCAGUGGACGUGCCGGACGUGUUGGCCCUGGCAAAUGCUUUCGCCUGUAUACUAAAUAUGCCUACAUGAACGAAAUGGACGAAUCGACCACGCCGGAGAUUCAAAGAACCAACCUGAACAGCGUAGUGCUAUUACUGAAGUCGCUUGGGAUUAACCAACUGCUCGAAUUCGAAUUCAUGGAUCCCCCCCCUACCGAAUCUUUAAUCGGGGCUUUAAAUCAACUUUUCGCCUUACAAGCUCUGAACCACAAAGGCGAGCUUACCAAAGUUGGUAGACAAAUGGCUGAGUUUCCUACGGAUCCAAUGCUCGCGAAGGCUGUUCUUGCUGCAGACAAGUUUAAAUGUGUUGACGAGGUUUUGUCGAUUGUAGCAAUGCUGAGCGAGGCUUCGGCCCUGUUUUUCCGACCGAAAGACAAGAAGAUACAUGCCGACAGCGCUCGUAACCGUUUCACUGUCAAGGAAGGUGGUGAUCAUUUAACGCUCCUUAAUAUCUGGAAUCAGUGGGUUGACAGCGACUUCUCUCCCAUCUGGUCGCGGGAGAAUUUCCUACAGCAGCGCUCUCUAACCCGUGCCCGGGACGUUCGCGAUCAACUUGCCAAGCUGUGCGAGCGUGUAGAAGUAGCGCCGUCUACAUGCGGUUCGGCCAACAUCGAGCCUAUUAAAAAGGCUCUCACCGCAGGUUUCUUCCCGAACGCAGCCAAGCUACAGCGCAACGGCGACAGCUAUCGAACCGUUAAGAAUAACACAACGGUGUGGAUCCACCCCAGCUCGGUGUUGAUGAAGUCAGAUCCUCCGGAGAAGAUGGUAAUCUACUACGAAUUGGUGCUCACCAAUAAAGAGUAUAUGCGUAGCUGCAUGCCCAUCAAACCGCAUUGGCUGAAUGAGGUCGCGCCGCACUUCCACAAGAAGAAGGAUUUAGAGGAGCUCGAGGAGAAGAAGAUGCCUAAAGGACACUCUGGGAGAUGAUGAACGGACUACGUAUUUCUUGGAUAUAGGCAGAGAAUAAGUUUGAGUGCACGAGCGGAAUUGUUAUUAUGGGUUCACCCCGUUCAGAAAGCUGUCUAUAUAAGUGAUAUAAUACUAGCUUGAAUGAGAUACGUAACAAUGUCUCAUAUAUCUCACUCUCAUGAAGCAAACAUGAAACCCAUCUAUGGCACAGCCAUAAGUAACCGGCCCGCUUCAUGAUGAAUGGCCAUUCAGUAAUCUAUUUCAGCAGAGCCUCCUCGCCAGCCUUAGGAACUAACUCCUCGUGCCGUCGCAAAUCCAUGGGCUUCUCUAGCAGAGGCACCACGAAGGGGUCGAAGGUCUUCCAGUACGGGUUCUCCAGGUGGUACUUCUGGCUCCCCUCGUUCUCGAAGCGCUCCACGAUGGUGAAUUCUUGCGGGUCGUGGAUCGAUUGCAUGACGAACCAGGAUAUGGUCUCCCGGUCCUUGGAGUAGAUGGCAGAGGCCUCGUUGAGCUUGGCGUGCAGUUUGGCGAUGUUGUCUGCGCCGGGCUUGGCGCGGAGGUGCACGACUAUUGUGUAGACCAUUUUUGUGACUGGUGGUGAUGAGAUGUAAAUGUAGAUGUAAAUGUAGAUGUAAAUGUAGUUGUAAAUG